AUGAUAGACUCUGCCAAUGUCAAGGCACUCCUAGAGAAUACUUUGAACGGCAUUUCAUGCCAAAAUGUGCCAUUUAGAACGAACGCUCUGAGUUCAUCCGUCGUCCUUUCAUCAAAGAAUGGCUCUAUAAUAUCCUAUGCCAUAGAUAAUAGUAACCCUGAAAGUAGUACAUCACUCAGUAAUCUGAAAAUGAUGAGUCUUCUCAGUAAAGAUAAAUGGAAUGAUGACGAAAGUCAGCCAUCGGAACAAACAACAAAAAGUUGCUAUCAAUAUCAAUGGAACGCUAAGGGUACUGGCUACAAGACAAGGAUAUAUACGUACGAAAUAGAAGAAUUACAUUCAUGUCUAGCGCAAAUACCCGGAAGUGAUCUGAUAUUACUCUUCGUUGCUGACAGCUCAUUCCCAUACGGUCUUCUUGUCCUGAAGAUGAAGCAAGCCUUACUGGCAUUUCAUGAUAUGUACGGAUAUAAAUUGGGUUGA